AUGGAGGUGCCGCUUCGACCAGAAAUGUUUGACUUCCAUGGAGUCUCCAUGACCAACGUCAUCACUGACAACUGGGACAACGUACAGGACUUCAAAGCAAGACCAGAUGAUAUUCUUAUCUCUACGUACCCUAAAGCAGGUACUGAUGUGGGAAAGACUUGGCAGACAAGCUUGAUUGCAAAUGAUUCCUUCUUAUCUCUACCUUACUCAGGUACCGAUUUGGCAGACAAGCUUCCCACCACUCCUCGUCUCAUUAAAACUCAUCUGCCAGUCCAGUUUGUACCAAAGUCCUUCUGGGAGCAGCGCUGCAGGGUGGUUUAUAUGGCCCGCAAUGCAAAAGACAAUGUAGUGUCCUAUUUCCACUUUAACCGCAUGAACAGUGCCCUGCCAGAACCAGGAGACUGGAGCACCUUUCUGCAGGACUUCAUGGAGGGAAAGAGGGUUUAUGGAUCGUGGUAUGACCAUGUGAACGGCUGGUGGGAGAAGAAGCAAACUUAUUCAGAUUUUCACUACAUGUUCUAUGAAGAUUUGAUUGAGGACUAUGAAAAAGAAAUAGACCGACUGUGUUCCUUCCUUGGUUUGUCUCCAUCAGCUGAAGAGAAGGAAAGAAUCAAAGCCAGUGUGACGUUUGACAGCAUGAAGCAAAACAAGAUGACCAACUAUACCACAGCUCGCAAGCUGAACCACGAGGUUUCUCCUUUUAUGAGAAAAGGGAAAGUUGGUGACUGGAAGAACCACUUCACUGUGGCCCAGAAUGAGCAGUUUGAUGAAGACUACAAGAAGAAGAUGAAGAAUCCUGAUUUGAAGUUUCGCUGUGAAAUUCAAAGAGCGGGCUAGAGCUGAGAAGUGAUAUGCAAUUAAAUAGUUAAGAAUAAAUCAAAUAUUAAGCCUGAACAACUGAAUUCUCUUACAUUGUGGUGCUGUUGGCUAUCUAUCAGCUUAACCUCCCAGGACCUGGCAUCCACAUAUGUGGACAUUACAUUUUGGGUUGUGGAGACCAAACUACUAAAUUUUGCUCUACAAAGGGCCU